GCCGCGCCCCCGGCCCCUCAGCGCCCCGGUUUCCAGCAUCCGGAGCCCCGCGCGUCAUGGUCCCGGCGGCGUGAGCAGUUUGCGGGAGAGAGACCCGGCCCGGCCCCCGACAUGGCAGCUAAGAUGGAGAUAACUUUGAGUUCGCGGGCCGACCCUCAGGCCUCCUCCCGGCAGGAGAGGCACAUCAUAGCCAGGCUCGAGGAGAAGCGGGGGCCCCCCCAGCCCCGAGACGGCCCGGACCCCGAGCUCUGCCGCCAGAACUUCCGGCGGUUCUGCUACCAAGAGGUGGCCGGGCCGCAGGAGGCGCUGUCCCGGCUCCGCCAGCUCUGCCGCCAGUGGCUGCAGCCCGAGCUGCGCACCAAGGAGCAGAUCCUGGAGCUGCUGGUGCAGGAGCAGUUCCUCGCCAUCCUGCCCCCCGAGAUCCAGGCGCGCCUCCCGCGGCGGCGUCCGGCGAGCAGCCAGGAGCUGGUGGCGCUGGUGGAGGACUGUCACAGAGCGCCCAAGAGACCCAAGCAGUGGGUGGCCGUCUGCAUGCAGGGGCAGAAGGUGCUCUUGGAGAAAACUGGAUCUCAGCUCGGCGAACAGGAGCUGCCAGACUUUCAACUGCAGACGCCUAGGAGACAGCCCAGGGAGAGUGCUCUGGGGGCACCUUACCUGGCAAGAUCCCAGGACCCCCUGAGCCCCCAUCAUUGGGAAAAAUCGCCGCUUCUCCAGGAACCGACUCCCAAAUCGACUGGGCCAGGAACAGAAGACCAGGGUGUCCGUCCUGCAGGAAAGCCUUGUGACUCCAACUGAGGCCCUGCCCCCGAACCUGUGGCCUCGUGGGCCUGCACGAAGUGGGCCGCACCCUCCCUUCUGCCUCAGCGGACGCAGCUGGCUGUGUGUCAUGUCUCCACUUCUGUUUAUGUGAUCCCCGAAAGGGCUCGGCCAUGUUCCUCAUCACUGAGCCACCCGUGCCUUCCUUCCAAGCUGCAUUCUCCAUUUUACUUUUUGAGAUACAAUUCAUACUGUAAAUUUACCCUUUUUAUGUGUAUAGUUUAGUGGUUCUUAAUGUAGUCACACAUUUGUGCAACCGCCACCACCACCAUGUAAUUGCAGAGUAUUCUCAUGACCUCAGAAAGGAGCCGGUACCCACCGGCCGUGCUCUCCAUGGCUCGCCUCUCCAAUUGCUGCAGCUCCUGUAUGCUUUCUGCUGUGGAUUUGCCCAUUUCUGGUUAUUUCUUAUCAAAGGAAUCAUACAAUGUAUCACUUUCUGUGGUUGGCUUCUCUACUUAGCAUAAUGUGUUCAGGGUUCACUCAUGUUGUAGUGUCAGUGCUUUAUUUUUUUAUGGCAGAAUAAUAUGCAUUCUGUGGAUGGACUACAUUUUGUUUAUCCAUCGAUCGGUUGAUGGGUAUUGCUUGCUUCCCCUUUUCGGCUCUUGUCAAUUAUGCUGUUAUGAAUAUUAGUGUACAAGCUUUUCUGUGGACACAUAUUUUAAUUUGUACACAUAUAUAAGUGUAGAAUUGCUGGGUCAUAUAGUAACUUUGUAUUUAACCUUUUGAGUAACUGCCAAACUGGUUUUCCAAACUAAUUGCACCGUUUUACUUUCCCACUAUCAGUCUAUGAGAAUUCCAGUUUCUUUACGUCCUUGUCAAUACUUGUUAUUGUUGGUCUUUUUUGAUUAUAGUGAUCCUAUUAGGUGUUUUUUAAAUUCUAUUUAUUUUUGCAUAGAAGAACUGGGGUGUAGGACAGAGAUAGGGGGGCUGAGAGGAUUCACCAGAGACAGCGUGGGGAGCAGAACAGGCAGAUCCACUGAGAUACACUGCUGAGGGGAGCAGCGGGCGAGACAGGAGAAAUGUGGGUUAGCCCUUUGGCUGGGGAUUGAACUCAGGUCAUAGUGGUGAUAGCGCUGAGAUUUAACCCCAAGGCCACCAAGGAGACCCCUAGGCUUUUUUUUUAUUAUCCUAAUGACGUCAAAUAUCUUUUUAUGUACUUAUUGGUCAAUUGUGUAUCUUCCUUGGAGAAGUAUCGUUCAGCUCCUUCACUCAUUUUUAAUUUGGGUUACUCUUUUUUAUUGUUGAGUUCUAAGCAUUCUUUAUAUAUUUCGGAUACUAUAUAUAAAAUUUGCAAAUAUUUUCUCUCUUGUGGGUUGUCUUUGCUGCUUGAUAGUAUUCUUUAAACAUUUUUUUAAGAUUUAUUUAUUUAUGCAUUCAAGACCUGGAGUACAGGCCAGAGAUGUGGGGUGGUGAGAGGAUUCACCAGAGACAAAGCGGGGAGCAGAACAGGCAGACUGACUGAAAUACACUGCUGAGGGGAGCAGUGGGUGUGCCGUGUGGGUUGCUCUCUGACCAACCAGCCAUCAAACUCGUGCUGCAGAGGCUGUGGAUUGCUUCAUAGUGUGGUGCUUAACCCCUUGCGCCACCAGAGAGGCCCUCUUUAAACAUUUUAAAUUCUUAUGCAAUCCAAUUUAUUUUUUUCUUUAUUUGCUUGUACUCUUGGUGACAGAUCUAAAAUUCCAUUUCCUCAAAAGCCUAAUUCUGAGUCAUAAAAGAUUUAUACCUAUAUUUUUUUCAAAGAGAUAAGUUUAGCUCUUACAUGUAGGUCUCUGAUCCAGUUUGAGAUAAUUUUUGUUACAGUCUUUUGCAUGUGGAAAUCCAGUUGUUGCAGCACCAUUUAUUGAAGACUAUGCUUUCCCCAUUGAAUUACCUGACAACCAUGUUGAAAAUCAAUUAACCAUUAUUUUUUAAAAGAUUUAUUUAUUUAUGCAUAUAAGAACUGGGGUACAGGCCAGUAGUGUGGGGUGUGAGAGGAUUCACCAGAGACAGAGUGGGGAGCAGAACAGGCGGACUGAAAUACACUGCUGAGGGGAGCAGUGGGAGACAGGAGAGGUCUGCUGCACCAGGUGGGUAGCUCUCUGGCAGGAGAUUAAACUCGUGCUGCAGUGGCUGCGGAUAGCUUCAUAGGUUUUGUCUUAACCCCUUGUGCCACCAGGGAGGCCCCAAUUAACCAUUUUUGAUUGGACUGUUUAUUUAAAUCUGAUAUAAAAUAAAAUUUAAUAUUCAGUUCCUUAGUCACUGUAGCUACAUUUCAAGUGCUGAAGCAUCACUUGUGGCUGCCCUAUUGAAUAUCUCACACACACAAACACACACACACACACAUUUUCCACAUUGCUAUUGGAUAAUACAAUAUUAGGUCCUCUGACUUACCCACAGAUCAUUCCAGCUCAUCUCCAUCCUGAUUCUUAAUCCUGGUGGUCAGAAAUUAUAGAUUUGUUGUAAUUAGAACACACGUCUAGCCCAUAUUCCAAUUUCUAAGCACUUAUGCUGCCAAUGAAAGAAAAUACCACGUUCACUGGAUUUACCAUCAUUUGAAGAGACUGUGGUGGUCAUUCAGUGUCUGUGUAAGUAAGGGUAUAUUUGCAAUGCUAAAAUUUCAGCUCCCUUCCUUCUUUUCCUUCAUCGUUGAUAAUAGGCUCUGAUGGGUUUGCUUUUCCUUGUUUUUCCCUUCCCAAACCUCUCCCUGGAGUAGGAAGGAGGGAGGAGUUGGAGAACUUGGUUCAUAACUGUACUAUAAAUCAGAAUCACCCCAGGAACAUGUUAGCUGUAUAUAUUUCCAGACCUCAUUCCCCACCCAGCCCCCAAAUCUGACUCAGCAGUGGGGGGGCAGUGGGGGCAGGCUACCUUGUUUGACAAGUGCCCCAGAUGAAUCUGAUGCAGAUAACCAGUGGAAGACCAUACUUUGAGAAACUUUGCCAUAUAUUUCAUGACUCUUGCUGAGUUUCCUUCUUCAAAGUUCAGAUAGUGACAUAUUUCUUUCUAA